GCCUCCGCCGGGCCCGCCCCGCCCCGGCCCCGCCUCCAGCCCUGCGCCCGCGGGGCCAGGAAGCGCCGAAGGAGCCGCCCGGGGACAUGGACGGGGCUGUGAUGGAAGGGCCGCUCUUUUUGCAGAGUCAGCGCUUCGGGACUAAGAAAUGGAGGAAGACGUGGGCCGUGCUCUAUCCGGCCAGCCCCCACGGCGUAGCGCGGCUCGAGUUCUUUGAUCACAAGGGGUCGAGCUCUAGAGGCGGUCGAGGGGGCUCGCGCCGCCUGGACUGCAAGGUGAUCCGUCUGGCCGAGUGCGUGAGUGUGGCGCCGGUGGCCGUGGAAAGCCCCCCAGAACCCGGCGCGGCUGCCUUCCGCCUGGACACUGCGCAGCGCUCGCACCUGCUGGCAGCGGACGCGCCGUCCAGCGCCGCCUGGGUGCAGACGUUGUGCCGAAAUGCCUUUCCGAAGGGAAGUUGGGCUCUGGCCCCGGCCACGGACCCACCUAAGCUUUCUGCCUUGGAGAUGCUGGAGAACUCACUGUACAGUCCUACGUGGGAAGGAUCCCAGUUCUGGGUCACCGUGCAGAAGACAGAGGCCUCUGAGCGCUGUGACCUGCAUGGGCCCUACGUGCUGAGGGUGGAGGCUGAGAGGCUGACCCUCCUGACCUUGGGAGCCCAGGGUCAGGUCCUGGAACCGCUUCUUUCUUGGCCCUACACUCUGUUGCGCCGCUACGGCCGAGACAAGGUCAUGUUCUCUUUUGAGGCUGGUCGCCGUUGCCCCUCUGGCCCUGGAACUUUCACCUUCCAGACCGUCCAAGGAAAUGACAUAUUUCAGGCAGUUGAGACCGCCAUCCGUCAGCAGAAGGCCCAGGGAAAAGUGGGACAGGGUCAAGAUGUCCUCAGAGCUGACUCCCAUGAAGGGGAGGUGGCAGAAGGGAAGGCUUCUGCUCCCAGUCCCCAACAGCUCCAAGGCAGCACCCUGGCCCUGUACGCUGAGCCCCUAGACUCCUUGCGCAUUCCUCCAGGUCCUUCCCGGGACUCCUUGUACUCAGACCCCGUAGACAGUACCCCUUCCCGGGCAGCAGAGGAGGUACAGGUGAAGAAACGUCUCUACUGGGAUUUGUAUGAGCAUGUGGAGCAGCAGCUGCAGAAGACCAAGCUCACAAACACCAAAGAGGACCCCAUCUAUGAUGAGCCCGAGGGUCUGGCCUCGGCCCCUCCUCGGGGCCUCUAUGAUCUACCUCAGGAGCCCAAGGAUGCCUGGUGGUGCCAGGCUCGGGUGAAGGAGGAGGGUUACGAGUUCCCCUACAACCCUGCCACUGAUGACUAUGCUGUGCCACCCCAUCGGAGCACAAAGCCCCUCCCAGCUCCCAAGCCCCAGGGCCUGGCCUUCCCCGAACCCGGUACUGCAGCCGGCAGUGGCGGCAAAGGCCAGAGUUCAGACACUGCCUUGUAUAGCCAGGUCCAGAAGAGUGGAGCCUCGGGGGGCUGGGACUGUGGGCCCCCCAGGACAGGUGCUGACAGGACUGGGGUCAAGUCAGAGGGCUCCACCUGAAAAGCUAGCUGAUAAGAGGACCAUAGGAAGGUGGCACUGGGGAUCCGAAAGUCCUGUUAGAUGAGCAGGAACCAGAGGCGGGAGGGCCCUCCCUGGAAGUCCUAGGAAGUGGAACUGGGGGCCAGGCUCUGGGGAGCACCAGCACCCCUAAGCCAUUCCUCUCCCAAAGGAACAGACAGCUGCUGGUCCAGGUCUUCGGAAGUGGGCAUUUGGUGAGAGUGGGUGCAGUUCCAGGGCCUGUGUGGAAGCUGCCUGGAUCCUUACUCCCUUGUAUUGUUCUUCGCCAGAGAUAUAUUUUUAAAAUUUUAAAGAUUUGCAUUAAAGUGAGUUUGGGUUGAA